UGUGGGGAAGCUGCAAGCCUAUUGGUCGAAACGGGAGGGCGUCCCGGCGUCGGAUUGGCCGAGGGAGGAAGGGGCGGGGCGGCGCAUGCGCGGCGGCGGCAGCGGGCGGUUUGUUGUGGCCGCCAUUUUCCCCGGGCAUUACUGGGAAAUCCCCGGUCGCCGCCGCCGCUCCCGGCCCCGGCCCCGCCGCCGCCGCCGCCUCCGCCCCGGGCAGCGCCGCCGCCGCCUCAGGUGGCGGCAGCCGCGGCUGCAGCGCAGGAUGCCCGGGGCCGGCCUGGCCGGGCGUUUGGUUCCGCUCUGAGCCCACCAUGUCGGGCCAGCCCGGCCAUGCCCCCCCCCUUCGCCAGCCUCCAGCCCAUGGCCGAGCCCCCCCAGUUCACCCAGUCUCCCCAGUUGCUGCCGGAACUGGGGCUGCUGCCCCGGCGGGUGCCACGCAGCUUCCGGGACGCGGGCAGUGCCCCCCUGCGCAAACUCUCCGUCGACCUCAUCAAGACCUACAAGCACAUCAAUGAGGUUUAUUACGCCAAGAAGAAGCGCCGGGCGCAGCAGGGCCCCCCCGAAGCCGCCGGCACCAAGAAGGAGCGACGGCUCUGCAACGAGGGCUACGACGACGACAACCACGACUACAUCGUCCGCAGCGGCGAGCGCUGGCUCGACCGCUACGAGAUCGACUCCCUCAUCGGCAAGGGCUCCUUCGGACAGGUGGUGAAGGCCUACGACCACCAAGCCCAGGAGUGGGUGGCCAUCAAGAUCAUCAAGAACAAGAAGGCGUUUCUCAACCAGGCCCAGAUCGAGCUGCGGCUGCUCCAGCUCAUGAACCAGCACCACACCGAGAUGAAAUACUACAUCGUCCACCUCAAGCGCCACUUCAUGUUCCGCAACCACCUCUGCCUGGCCUUCGAGCUCCUCUCCUACAACCUCUACGACCUCCUCCGCAACACCAACUUCCGCGGCGUCUCCCUCAACCUCACCCGCAAGUUCGCCCAGCAGCUCUGCGCCGCCCUCCUCUUCCUCGCCACCCCCGAGCUCAGCAUCAUCCACUGCGACCUCAAGCCCGAGAACAUCCUCCUCUGCAACCCCAAGCGCUCGGCCGUCAAGAUCGUCGACUUCGGCAGCUCCUGCCAGCUGGGCCAGAGGAUCUAUCAGUACAUCCAGAGCCGCUUCUACCGCUCCCCCGAGGUGCUGCUGGGGCUGCCCUACGACCUGGCCAUCGACAUGUGGUCCCUGGGCUGCAUCCUGGUGGAGAUGCACACGGGCGAGCCCCUCUUCAGCGGGGCCAACGAGGCCGACCAGAUGAACCGGAUCGUGGAGGUGCUGGGGCUGCCCCCCCCACACAUGCUGGAACAGGCCCCCAAAGCCCGUAAAUACUUCGAGAAGCUUCCGGAAGGGGGGUGGGCCCUCAAGAGGAACAAGGAGAGCAAAAAGGAAUACAAGGUGCCGGGGACACGGCGACUCCACGAGGUGCUGGGGGUGGAGAGCGGUGGCCCCGGUGGCCGCCGGGCGGGGGAGCAGGGCCACGCGCCCUCCGACUACCUGAAGUUCAAGGACUUGGUCUUACGGAUGUUGGACUACGAACCCCGGAGUCGCAUCACGCCCUUCUACGCUCUCCAACACAACUUCUUCAAGAAGACCAACGACGAAGGUACCAACACCAGCAACAGCACCUCCACCAGUCCCGCCAUGGAGCACAGCCACAGCACCAGCACCACCAGUUCCAUCUCCAGUUCGGGUGGCUCCAGUGGCUCUUCCAAUGACAACCGCAGCUACCGCUACAGCAACCGCUACUACGGGAGCGCGGCCCCGCCGCACGCCGACUACGAGAUGCAGAGUCCCCAGGCCCCCCCAACGCAACCACCCCGACCUUGGCCCUUGGGGGACCCGGCUGCCACCGUCACCGACGCCUUCGUCCCCUUGGGACCCCCCAAACCCCCCCCGGGGGUAGGGACAGGAGGAGGAGGAGGAGGAGGAGGCGGGGGGCCCCUCCUUUCCCACGCCCCCCCCCGCCCCACCACCACCAACACCACCACCACCACCAACACCACCACCACCAGCACCACCACCAGCACCACCACCAGCAACACCAGCACCACCCGCCGCCGGCCCCCCCGGUUCCCCCCCCCACCGCCAUGGAUUUGGGGGGGCCCCCCCCUCCCCCGCCGCCCCCCCCGCCCCCUCCUCCUCCUCCUCCUCCUCCUCCCCCCCCACCGCCACCGCCCCCCCCUCCUCCUCGUCACCACCCGGACUGUCACCCCUUUGUCCCCACGGCAUUCCGGACUCGAGGGGGGGUCACCGGAGGAGGAGGAGGAGGAGGAGGUGGGGGGGGGGACAACAACCGGAGGAGGAGGAGGAGGAGGAGGAGGAGGGGGGGGGACAACGACGACGGGGGGAGGGGGACACCCCCUGGAAAACGUCGUGUCCCCCCCCCAUUUUGGGGCUCCCCAUUUACGGGGACGCCCCCGAUCACGAGGACUCGGCCAUUUUGGGGGGGUGCGUCCCCCAAAGUACCGCCGCCAGCUCUUGACGUCGUGUCCCCCCCCCCCC